AGCGGGCGGCCGCGGGGGCGCGCGCCGCUCAUUGUGCUCCGGCGGUGCCGCCUCCCGCUGCCAGCGCCGGCCACGGCGGGGGGGCCGCGCCUGCUGCCGCUCCGAGCCCAUCCGAUCCGGCCCUGCUCCGGACCCCCAGCACCGGCCCGCGGCGCCUCCGCUCUUACACCCAGCCUGUGGCGCUGCCUGGCACCGGGAGCGGCCCUUCGCCUCUCCCUGGAGGGGGUCGGUUUGCACCGGGCUCGGCUGCAUCCAUCCCGGGGGUGGCUGUCCUGUCCUGAGGGUGGCUCAGCCGUGCUGCACGGGGGAGCUCGGCACCCAUUCCCGAACAGGGCUGCCUUGAGCACUGCUCCGUUACACCCGUCCCGGGGAACUGCCCAGCUCCCGGUGGGUGGCCAGUACCCAGCCCCGGGAGAGCGGGCUGCAGUGCACCCAUCCUCGGGGGGGCUGCGCCGUGCCGGGGGCGGCCCAGCACCGACCCCAGGUGUGUGGGGGCUGCACCGCACCCAGCCCCGCCAUCCCCAUCCCCAUCGUGGGGCGGCGGGGGGCUGCCACCCUUCUCCUAUCGCCGGUGACUGGCUCCUGGCUCCCGCCUCGUUUUAUGGUCGUGGAGAGGGAGGAAAAAUCCCAAACCAGCUGCGUAAAUGAGUAUGGAAGAUUAUGAUUUCCUCUUCAAAAUUGUUUUAAUUGGCAACGCUGGUGUGGGGAAGACCUGCUUAGUCCGUCGCUUCACUCAGGGGCUUUUCCCACCAGGUCAAGGAGCCACUAUUGGGGUUGACUUUAUGAUUAAAACAGUGGAGAUAAACGGUGAAAAAGUAAAGCUGCAGAUCUGGGACACGGCGGGACAGGAGCGGUUCCGAUCCAUCACGCAGAGUUAUUACCGCAGCGCCAACGCCCUCAUCCUCACUUACGACAUCACCUGUGAGGAAUCCUUCAGGUGUCUGCCCGAGUGGCUGCGAGAAAUCGAGCAGUAUGCCAGCAACAAGGUCAUAACUGUGCUCGUGGGUAAUAAGAUUGAUUUAGCUGAUAAGAGGGAAGUCUCCCAGCAAAGAGCUGCAGAGUUUUCUGAAGCACAGGACAUGUACUAUCUGGAAACCUCAGCAAAAGAAUCGGAUAAUGUGGAAAAACUCUUCCUGGACUUGGCCUGCAGGUUGAUCAGUGAGGCACGACAGAACACCCUUGUGAACAAUGUCUCAUCCCCCUUACCAGGAGAGGGGAAAAGUAUCAGUUACUUGACUUGCUGUAAUUUUAAUUAAAGAGCUGACAUGUAAUUUCCCCUUCUGCCAUGGGCCAAGAAGAUUUUUUUUUUUAAUUUUUUUUUUUUUUUUUGGCUGGGAUUUAUCUACUUGAAGUGUAUUCCUGCCACUUUGACCCAUCUGAUUCUACCCCAAGUCAGGCUGUAGACCUGGAAGCAUGGCAGGCUGAUGAUUCCAGCUGCAUGGCAACCUAGCAGAAUAUACCAUGGUUUAAAUUUCACAUAUCUUGCAGUCUCUGGAGCAGGUUAAGAAGAGUAGCACAAAUGCUUCAUGCAAUGCAGACCAUGAGCUAUUGUGUUUCCUCCAAUAGCAGAAACAGAAGCCACUCUUGAAGAAGAUAUUGGAAAGAUCAAAAUAUCUUUUGCAGAACGAUGUGUUUGGUCCUUUUAAAAAAUAAUUUAAAAACUAAAAACCAACAUGAACAUUGACUCUGGACUACACUGGCAAUAUUCUGGGCUGCCAGCGAGUGAGCUCAGGAUGUGUACAUAGUGUCUGCUCAUGCAUCUUCAUGAAGAACUCUGGUGUUUGAAGAGGUGUUAUGUCUCUCAUCAACAGGCACUUUCAUGAACAUGAAAUUAAAAAAAUCAUGUAUAUCAACAUUUUCAAGAUUUAAGAAGACAUGGAUAUAACUCAUUUGCUCCCUUUGGUGCUAGCAGUUCAGCAAAUAUUCUGUAGACCAAAUGUAGUCUUACUACAUUACUGUUCUCUGAAUGUGUAACUUAGGCUGGUUAGGAAAAAAACACUAAUAAGCACUGUUCAUAAAAAUAAAAAUAAAUAAAAAAAAUCAUUACCUCUUUUUCUAGGCCUGAACAUAGUGGGAAAGGACUGUGCUUCUUUGAUACCCAACACAGGAUGAAAAGACUAUCUUGAAAUUGAAAAACCAAAAAAAAAAAUUAACUGUUCCUUGUCUAAUUAGUGAUGUCCUAAUGUGAAAUAUUAUCCUUGGGAAAGGUUAAUUGGAGUUGGGAAAAGUGCACCAGAUGUGACCAAAUCGUAUGCGUGCAUGGAUUUUGUGUAAGGGUUCAAAGAGAGCACAGUUUGCAGUGGCAGUCUGUGGUAUGUCCAGCUUAAAAAUAAAGCUUGUGGAUACAACUCUUGUUGAAAGGCAAGCAUACAGGUUUGUAGAGUUUUGGGGGGUUUUUUUUAUGCUAACUGGAAACAGCAAUGGGUUGCAAGUGGUAUCAUUCUGUGCCUGGCCCACCUGGCAGUCACCUUGUGGAGCUGCUCCCCAAGAUGCUCUUGAGGGCACCUUCUUGGUGUCCAGUCUCUGCUGAAGUAGCUUUUGGGUUCAGGGCUGUAAUUUUACUCAAUGCUUUGUACUCCUAAUCCCAGACUCUGGUGUAUGUGUAACUGUUUAGGCACUUUUCUCUCUCCAAAACCCCUGAGGGGGGGGUACUAUGGAGGUUGGUGUGUUACUACACCUCUAGUGCCAUACUCGAAUAAUGCAUCGUAAAUUUACAUGUUGGCAUUAAAGUAAAAUUGGGAGAUAGUGAAUGCAACCAUGAAAUAUGAUACUCAGAAUUUUGAGUUUAAUUUAGCUAUUAUGAAUAAAUCUCUCCUGGCAAUUACAUGGCUGUGAUAUGCUGUAAUUUGAAGUUCAUCAAUUUAAUAUUAUUUGGCUUUUACUAAGGAUUAUAACAGAACUCUUGUAUUUACAUAAAAAGCUGCUAGUAAGUACUUCUUUAAAAGAAUAAUAAUUAUUUUAUUUUAUUUUAUUUAAGGAAAGCAUUAUAAAAUGCUUUUUCACAUUUUCCUGGCAAGACUUCUUUGGGCAGUAUCAUGUUGUGCCUUUGAUCUGUAGUGCAGCGCUGACUCUGUGUGCCAGAGAGGGGAGCAUCAGUGUGUCAUAUGGCCAUUUUAAAUAUUUUCUUGCUAUUUUUCACUUUCUUCUUUUAUUACUAGUGGUGACAAGGAAGAUGUAGAAGUUGUAGUACAUGGCUUGCUUAUCAUUUAGGUAACACUUAGUAAAGAGCUUCUGAGUGAGAUAGGGGGGUCCAUGUCACCUGUUGUGCUGUCCUGCUCCUUUUCAGUCUCUGCUCAUGGUGUAAUCCAGAGGCUUUAGAGAUGUGAGGGACUUGGUGGCUUCUGCUGUGCUGGGCCAUGUGGUGUUACAGCCCUUGCAGCACCACAAUAUCACCAGAGCAGUGUCUUACUUGAACGUUCCCUAAAUUGCCAAAUGCAGACUCAUUUGAGCUUGUGAAGGCCACCCCAGCUCUGAGACAGACAAUUCUGCACAGCUGUUGAGCAGCUGUUCAGAACAAGGCUCAAGGUAACACUCAAGUUAAAAAUCAAUACUAUGUAUAAUUAAUUGAUAAAAGUGCUUACUCUCCAGAUGUUGGACUUGCCAGCAUAUAAUUGAUAAGAAGGAGGGCAAGGCUGCUUGACUGAGUUAAUUACAGAGGAAAGAAACUGCCCACUAAAACACCUCAGCCUGAUUCCCCAAAGCAUCAAAGCUGGGCAGGUGCUUUUCAUUCCUGUGGAGAACUACUAUAAAUUUAUUUUAAAGUGCUCCUUGCUUCACUUCAGGAGAUUGAAUUCUUAAGGUGUUAUCAUGCCUGAAGAAGCUGAACUGGUCAAAUAGCAGAAACCACUAACUUUAUUUUAUUGGAGAUUCACUUUGAGGCUGAAAGGAAACAGUGGUGGUAUGUGAAACAUUUUAUAAGGCCAUAAGCCAAAGCUGUAGUUUAAAACUUGCCACUUUUUAUGCAGUUAACAAAAACACUACCUGCUGAAGAAAUGAUGUUUUAUUGCAGUAACUCCUUUGUAGGAGUUAUUUUUGUAUGCCUUUGAAUAUCUCUCUAGUUGAUAAUACCCACCUCUUCUUGUAGCACUGAGGGUUUAUCUUCUCUUGUACAGUCUGGCUCACUGCUGAAGGCUUCUUACCUAGAUGAUGAGCUUUAUCAACUGCUAGUGACAACUUAGUCCUGUGGCAUAGUGGUGGUGUCUUGAAAAAUAAAAGGAGAUUAAAAUAAUGCAAAUCCCAGUUACCUGGCAAUCAGCUCUCCAGCUAUAGCCAACACGUUGCUAGAUUAAUGGAUUUUCAAGAACUGUCAGUAAAGUUCAAGACUGUCAGUAAAAGCCUUGUGGUGCUUGCUGGGUCAAGUGUCCAAAAGCCAUUCAGAAUUGAUAAAAUGGAGCCAAAUUUGACUUGAAAUGUUCUCUACUAUUAAGAGAUCAAAGCAACCUUUUAGUGUGUUUGCUAGAUUUCUGUGUGUUUUCAAGGUGAUAGAUUCACCCUAAAAACAAUCUUACUUUUGGGUGAAUAUUAUUUUUUUCUAGUUGUUCCAUAAUAUGAGACCUUGUCUUGAGAUUUUUUAGCACAAUCAAUACCUUCAAGCAGAAGCCAGUAUCAGUUUGUUGACAGAUGUUUAUCUAGCAAACCUGCUUACAGAGUUGAGUAAAAGCAUCAUCUGAAAACUGGAUGGUGUAAACUCUGCUUUCCAGUUCAACCACUGGGUUGGAUUUGGGGUGAUCUUGGGGAACCACCACAUGUCCUGUGCUUCAGGUCUCUAUAUGUGAAGUACUCGUGGUGUAAAUAUCCAACACUGCAUACCAGCAAGUUUGCUGGGACAAGCCAUGACUCCCUUCUGUUCCUAUCCGUGUUUCCCAUGAGGAGCCAAGUGCUAGGAAAAAACAGCUCUUCAGGUUCAAGAGUUAUAAUGGGAAAACUGAUUAUAUAAACUCUGUAAUUAACGGGACACUGGGUGCCUCUUCCUACCUCUAACACUGAAGUCCUGAUCUGCCCUACAGGUAAGUUGUUUGGGUGUGCAGUCAGAUCCGUGUUGGUGCUGAAUGCCAAAUGGCUUUUGUGAUCAUUUUUUACUGAAAACCACACAUGAUAAAAUGUCUGGCAAGAUGCUUUGGUCUUUGCUGUAGAACACAUAAAACACCCCUUAAAAAUCUCUGAGCCUGCUGGUGCUGUUUGUCUUUUUGGAAAUAGUUCUAUUGGUAACAGUUGGCUCCUGCUAGUCUAGGUUUAGCAGUUAAUUGAAUUCCUAUUGAAUUCCUUCAGCAUCAGUAACAACAGCAGCAGACUGAGGCUGACAAAGGAGACAGUGAUUUGAAAAGAGGCAAAGUCAAAAUUAGUGAUGCAGAAGCAUGGUGGGUGCAUGCACAUGGGACAUCAGGCUUUCCCUAAGCUUUUUCUGACAAGGGAUGCAAUCAGUUAUAGUCAAACCCACUGGGUUUUGCUUUGUUCACUGUCCCUAAGGAUGGCUGUUUGUUCAGCUGCUUUUCUACUUGUCUUUUCAGUGUGAGGAACUGUCUAUAAAUCAGGGUAAGAUGUUGAGCUGGCAUGAUUUCUGUGGUCUGAGAUGGAUUUCAAUUGGAAAAUAGGUGAAACUCUGCAGCUAUUGAAAGAGUCUGAGCAAAGAUGCAGGAUACAUUGCCCUUUGGGGACCUAUGGGACCAUGGUGAUUGGAUGUGGCUGGAGGCACUGUCACAGAAACCCUCUCCUGGCUGUGGGGCAGACUCAGGGCUCUAGAUAGCCCUUUGUGCAAGGGGAAAGAUGAAUGUGUGAACCAGAGAAUACAAAGUAAGGAGAUGGUUCUACUCACUCAGGAUUUGCUGAAUCCCAUUGUCCUUUUAAAAAUGCAUCCAUGACAUAGAUUUUGAUUGCUCUGGACUUUCAUAAGGGAUGCUUUGUGUUUGAAUCUCACCUGAAAUUCUUCUGCAUUUUUUUUACUUGCAAUAUCCUAGCACCCAAUAUCCUUAUCCAGGCUGCUCCUACCUUUUGGGUGUUAAAGGUGUUUCUAGAGGACGCUUGAUGAAUCUGUAGUGACCAAGUAUGGAAACUCUCUGAAACAUCGUACAUAAGGGCUCACCAGAAAACCCACUGGAGCCAAAGGAAAUACUCUAAUCAGUUGGGUGAAAACCUAGUGAAAAGUGUACUAAUAAAUGUUUUCUUCCUCUGUAUAUAAACUUUAUUUGCUUAUCUGAACAACUUUGGCUCUUGACACCACCCUUUUGCCUCUCAUCAAGUCUGUUGCUGUGGAUCAUAGCUGCUCUAGUCACUGUUCACAAGCAGCAAAGACUCAUUGCUUUGUAGGACAGUCCUGUCUUCUUAUGACCAUGAGUGGUGGGGAAACAUUAGCUUGAUUUCCUACAAGCAAUUAGUUGCAUCUUCAGCAGCCUCCACUGGAAUGGGCCAUGUCUUUGAAACGUGAUCACCCACUCGAGCUGUAGUUAAAUGUACCAUAAAGGUUACAGGUCUCUCAUCUGCCUCAGUUUAGGGUUUAUCUUGGCUGGGAAAAUAGACAACAAGGGUAAUCAGGCUGACUGUGAUGCAAGGCUCCUAAAGUAGCCUGCUGUGUUGCUCUGACUUGCCUUGCUAAUCACCACCUCACUAAACUGACCCAAAGUCUUCUUGGCUGUACUGUAUUAUAUCCAGCUGAGAUAGAUUGCUGGCUGUCAUCACCCAGGGAUGCCAUCACACCCUACCCCCUCAUGUCAAUGAGUGGUAACUUAAACCAGAAAUAAAAACUGCCAUGUGAAUUGAGGGUGUUUUGAUCUUUUUCCAGGGAGCUACAGAUCCAGGAUGAAAAAAAGCUCACUUCUAAUUCUUGCCCCUCCAAAUACAGUCAGAUGGGUAACUGGGAAAGAUAACCCAGCUGUAGCAGACACUAGGAACAACUGGAAUUUAGGUUGUAAAUGUUGUCAGUGAAAAAUCAGACUGGUUUGGAGAGUAUAGCCAGGGUUAACAGCUCAGCUCAUGCUUGUCUGUCUGGAUAAACAGGAGCUGGCUGUACUGUACUCGGAGAUUGUCUCUGUUUUCACAGUGAUAACUAGCUAUUAGCACUUUCUGCAUGUGAUAAUAUUUGUUGAACCAGUUACCCUUUUCCAGCAAGCUCAGAAGGUAAUUUUAGCUCUGGCUAGUGCUAAAAUUAAACUCAAGAAGCAAAUGCCACCUUUGCAUUUGCACCUUUGCUUUUUCAGCUACUGCUUAUCUUGGGGUGACAUUCCCAAGGACAUGCAGCGUGGUGGUGUCCCUGUAGAGCAUCUUCUGGAGUCCAGCCCUAGUCCUCAGGCACCUGACAUGGCCAAAACCUGUGUCAGUCAUGGCUGUAGCUGUGAAUGGUUCCCUGAGGGACAGGGAAUGUUAGAAGUACCCUUAUUCUUUCACAGUCAGUGAUCAAGGGUGUUGGUGUGUCUGGUGUCUCAUGAAUGCAAACCUUGGAGCUCUUCAAAUGCAAAUUUCUUUAUCAUCCAUCAAUCCAUCCUUCCCAAUACUGCUCAUGCCUCAAGCCCUGUGGAGGUCUCAGACUGGGAACAGUCAUGGUGCAUGACCCACUGGAUCUGGCUGCUGCUUUAGCAAGAAGGAAGAGCAUCUAUGGCUCAUCUUCUCUGCCACCUCCAGUUUCUUACUAUGAACAUAAACCUAACUAAUUUGAUAAGUAUAUUCUCAGCCAGGGCAUCCUGUAAGGAAUCUUUCAUUUCUGGGACCAAUAUCAGAUGUUAAGAAUCAAUGGGGUUUGGUGCAAGUGAAUAAAUCUCCAGUGAGAGACUGGGGGCUGCUCUUUAUCCAGGGAGUCUUUGGGCCCUGUGGAGGUGGAGUCAUCCUGAGCUCUCACUUGGGUGGCAGUGGGAAUAUCUCAGAGGUUUGGGUUGCAUCACUGGCACAAGCUUUAGUAAAUGUAAGGGCCACAGUGUCCCCAGCAUCAAGCCUUUGUGGAGGGGAAAGCAGAGAAGAGGAGAAUACUGCUUUGACAUUUUAGUGGAGUGAGGAUAAAGAUGUUGGGCUAUGGCAGGCAGAGUGGCUGCGGGGUCAGGCACUGCCAUUGCCUCAACCCUUGCAGAUGAUGUGAAAGAAAGCCCCCCCAUACAGUCAGCACCAGAGGGGGAAAACUAACUUAAUCCCACAUUGUUGGAGGAGAAAAAGCUACCUAAUGAGAAGAUGGAGUAAGUCCAGUGUUUAUUGCUGUGCUGGUUUGGAGUGACAAGUAUGUCUUUGGGUAUUAGAGAAGUAGCUUAAAAUGUGCCAUAGUUUUUAGCAUAAUAAGAUGCACUGCAGAUAUGUCACAUCCAUUUUAUUCCCCACAGCUGUUUACAAAAGGGAAAAAAAAUAUAAAACCCCUGAGAUUGGAGCAGCUGCAGUCACUCAGCUGUCAAUAUGGGACAAGUCUCUUUCUGUUCCUCUUUUAUUUCUACUUCCCUCUGUACUGCUGCACAUAUUUGGCUGUUCUGUGAAUUUGCAGAUCAUGAGGUUUUUUUUUUUUCCAAACUGCCUUUGAUCUAUACAGAAAGACUCACCCAGCUCUCAUUUGAAUUCAUUAAUACUUUGAGUAGGCAUUUUAAUUUUAUGUUUACUGGCUUGUUUCCCUUUGUAAUGUAAUCUAUCUGACAAGUUCUCAUGCUCUGCAUUACCUUUCAGUUUCUGAGUCUAAAACAUUUCCUCUUUCCUGAGGGCUAUGAUCAUUUUUAGAGAUGUUGUAAAGUCAUCUCCCUCUCUUCUGAAGAAAACCUGAAUUAAUCUCAGGUUUUAUUACUAGCAGAUCAGUACUGAAGUACAUAAUUUUUUUUACAGCAUGAAAACAGUAUGUUUUAUAUCAUCAAGUACAGUUUGAACUGCAGUUUAAAAACCUUCUUAGGCUCUAAAAGCAGCAAUUUGUUUGCAACUUCCAUGCCAGGGAAGUCACAGCAUUAAAGGAAUUUCCUGAGUUGGAGUUUUUUUCCCCACAAAGUUUUGCUGUCUUUUCCUCAACAAUUGUGACUUUAGCACAAUGUACAGAAUUUUAGCAAAAACCCUGAUUCCUAAACAUGUGGCCAGGACAAUGAGGAGAGGAUGUGUUUCUUGUUGAUCAAGCACAAGCAUUUUGGUGGAUAAAAUGCACUAUAGUUGGUCAGACCAUUGGUCUGGGGUAGUUGCUGGGGUAGUGAGGCCUUUGGGAAGGGUACAGGUGUUAACAAAUCACCAAACUGUGAAUCAUUUGGCUGUCAGAAGCAUUUGGCUUGUCUGGGUUUCUUUUUUAAGUUCUUGUGGUCAAGUGUGAUACAAUGGAGUUGAGAAAGGAAUGUAUUUUGGAUGACCAGGAUGAUGAAUGUAUGAUGCUUCAUGUUUACUUGUAAUGUCCUUUUUUAUACUUAGAAAUUGAUCACAUAUGUAUCUGUAUGUAAAUAAAUGUUUCAUCCUUUCCA